AUGACUAUCACUGUAACAACCCCUUCAUACUUGGACCGUUGCACUCAAAAGCGGGAUGACCAAUAUGCUCUGAUUCCCUCCGAAUGGCGCAUAGAUCCGAUCCCAUCGAUUGAAUCCGAGCCAAAUGCCCUUCCUAUUAUUCGAAACAUCCUCAGUCAACAAGAGUUAUCUCUCACCGAAGAAACGGAUAUAGGUAUCCUGCUUCGAAAACUUUCAUCCGGACAACUCUCAUCUCUAGAACUCACGCGAGCAUUUGCCAAACGGGCAGCUCUCGCCCACCAACUGACAACAUGCUGCACGGAAAUAUUCUUCAAGGAAGCCUUCACCUCAGCCCAAGAACUAGAUAAUCAUCUAGCCACAACAGGCAAGACGGUCGGGCCUCUGCACGGCCUACCCGUAUCUAUCAAAGAUCUCUUCUCCGUGAAAGGAGUAGACACGUCAAUUGGCUGGGUCGGUCUCACCAACAACCCCGAGACAGCAGACAAAUCCGUCGCCCGAACACUGCGUCGCCUCGGCGCAGUCCUCUACGUGAAAACCAAUCUACCGCAAUCGAUGAUGAUGUCGGACUCGUACAACCAUGUCUUCGGACAAUGUGUGAACCCCUUCAAUCGGGCGUUGAUUUCAGGCGGCAGCUCCGGCGGAGAGGGGACACUUGUCGCUGCUCGUGGGAGUGUACUUGGAAUCGGGACCGAUUUGGGUGGUUCGAUUCGGAUUCCCGCUGCGCUUUGUGGACUUUAUGGACUAUCGCCUAGUCCAGGGAGACAUCCCUAUGAGCGAGGAAAUCCUGGACAGGAUAUUGUUCGCUCGGUUGCUGGUCCGAUGGCUUGCACUCUCGAGACGAUCGAACGUUAUAUGGAGGCUUUGCCAGAAGCAAGGCCAUGGGAGGUUGAUCAGCAUGUUGCGCCCGUGCCGUGGAGACAGAGUCUAGCGUCGCCAGUAGCAAAACGCUUGAAAAUCGGGUUCGUUGUUGACGACGGCGCAGUGAAGGUGCAGCCACCUAUUGCUAGGGCCAUGAAGGAGGUCAUUGAAGCGCUAAAGGAAGCAGGGCAUGAGGUAUUUGAAUGGGAUGCAUCUUCGCACAGUCAUGGCUACGACCUCUGGGCAAAGGCUAUUUUCUCCGACGGGGGCGAAGGUUGUCGCAAGAAGAUCGAGUUGACAGGAGAGCCGCUUGUUGAAGGCAUGCUGGUGGGAAAGCCGGAGAAUACUUUGACGACCAGUGAGACACAUCAGUUAAAUGCGGACAAGUACAAGUUUGAGUCCAUGUAUCUUGACCAAUGGCUGUCCUCGGGCGUCGACGCCCUGAUCAUGCCGAGUACUCCAUGGGUGGGGUACAAGCCGUGGACGUGGGUCAAGUCCAAUGCUUAUGUGGGCUACACUAGCAUCUGGAACCUCUUGGGAUAUGCGGCGUUGGCGAUGCCGAUUACUACAAGUUCGCGAGAAAAGGAUAUUCCAGACCAGGAGUGGUUGGAUCAUGUCCCGCGGAAUGCGGGUGAUGAGUUCAAUAAGCAGCAGUACGACAUCGAUUUGGUAGAGGGUAUGCCGGUUGGAAUACAGGUUGUCGGGGGGCGAUAUGGGGAGGAAAAGUGCGUCGCCGUGGCCAAAGCUAUUAACCAGGCCAUGCAGAAGAGGGUUGAUUUCUAG